ACCCAUUUCCAUCCUCUGUUUGCAGGUAGCGACUGCAAGGAGGGUGGGAAGGGGAUGCGCGGCUUGUUGUUCUUAUGUCGCAGGUGUCGGGCACCCCCGCGGCCCCGGCGGCCUGCGGGAAGGAGAAGAAGGCUUCCCUGGGCAAGAAGCUGUUCUGGCGGCGCGGAGGUUUCGUGAGCCGCUUCCUGCGGACCCUGAGCACUUUGUCCCAUCUUAGCACUGAGCACGAACCCGAGGCUAAGUCCUCAUCUACCGCACGGAAUGACCCAGCCGCCGCCACAGUACCAGAGCCUGACCAAUCCAGGCUCCAACAGCCGCAGCAACAACAACCUCCGCCGCCCUCCAGCCCUAAGGUCCCCGGACUAGCUGGCAUCAAGAACCACGGCAACACCUGCUUCAUGAACGCUGUGUUACAAUGUCUCAGUAACACGGAUCUCUUCGCUGAGUUCCUGGGCCUGGAACAGUACAGGGAGAGUGAUGACUCGGAGAACAAUCAGAAUCCCAGCCCGCUGCCCAGCCCUGGGGCUCAAGACCGAGGAGAGGUCACCGAACAGCUGGCCAAGCUCUUGCGGUCCCUGUGGACACUAGAGUACACCCCACAGCACAGCAGGGAAUUCAAGACCGUUGUAUCCAAAAAUGCUCAUCAGUAUCGAGGCACUUCCCAGCAUGAUGCUCAAGAAUUUCUUCUGUGGUUACUAGACCGAGUACAUGAGGAUCUGAACAUUGUUGUCAAACACAAACCCAGGCCUCCACUGGAAGAGGAUCUGACGGGAGAAGUACCACAUUUCCUUUCAAGUGGAACAUUUGUUCAAGAGCUCUUCCAAGCUCAGUACAGGUCCUCUCUGACAUGUCCUCAUUGUCAGAAGCAAAGUAACACCUUUGACCCCUUCCUCUGCAUCUCUUUGCCAAUCCCUUUGCCUCACACGCGGCCUCUCUAUGUGACUGUAGUUUACCAAGGCAAGUGUUCACACUGUAUGCGGAUUGGUGUAGCUGUUCCUCUUUCUGGCAACGUGGCGAGGUUGCGAGAAGCUAUAUCUACGGAGACCAAGAUCCCUAAAGACCAGAUAGUAAUCACUGAAAUGUAUUUUGAUGGCUUCCAUCGCUCCUUCUCUGACAACGAAGAUUUAGAUACAAUUCAUGAAAGUGACUGUUUGUUUGCGUUUGAGACCCCUGAAAUCUUCCAGACUGAUGGAAUUAUAAGCCAGCGAGGCAUCUGCGUAAAUAACAACCAGAACUAUAUGAGGAAUGGGACGGACUCCAAUAGAUCUUCCCUCUACUCAUCUGGCUCUGUGCGGCUCUCCACCAACAGGUCUCCAGGCAAUGACAGGCUUGUGCUGUUAGUGUGUAACAGAGCGUACAGCGGACAGCAUGGCAGGAGAUUUGGACAACCAUUUGUUCUACAUUUGGAGAGGAACGUCACUUGGGAUAUUCUGCAAAAAGAGAUCUUGGAAAAGAUGCAGUACUCCUUGCGCCCCUCUGUAUGUGUUCAGGUGUGUCCAUUUAGUCUGCGGGUAGUAACGGCAGUUGGAAUAACCUACCUUUUGCCUCAGGAAGAAAAGCCCCUUUGUCACCCUACUGUGGAAAGAGCACUAAAAUCGUGUGGCUCUGGAGGAGCAGCUCAUGUUAAAAUGGUCGUAGAGUGGGACAGAGAAACCAAGGAAUACCUUUUUGGUAACACUGAGGAAGAAUACGUCCCUGACGCUGAAAGCGUGCGCCUGCAGAGGGAGGUGCAUCACCAGCCUCAGUGCUGCAGCCUCGCACAGUGCUUUCAGCUGUACACCAAAGAGGAGCAGCUGGCUCCUGGCAAUGCCUGGCGCUGCCCUCAUUGUAAGCAGCUUCAACAGGGCAGCAUUAAACUUAGUCUGUGGACCCUGCCUGACGUCCUAAUCCUGCAUCUGAAGAGGUUCCGUCAGGAUGGUGAUCGGAGAUUAAAACUACAGAAUAUGGUGCGCUUCCCUCUGACUGGCCUGGAUAUGACACCUCAUGUGGUGAAACGCAGCCAAAGCUCUUGGAGUCUCCCAUCACACUGGUCACCAUGGAGACGGCCAUACGGCCUGGGUCGUGAUCCAGAGGAAUUUGUCUAUGACCUUUAUGCAGUGUGUAAUCAUCAUGGAACCAUGCACGGUGGUCACUAUACAGCAUAUUGCAAGAACUCAGUGGAUGGUAUGUGGUACUGCUUUGAUGACAGUGAGGUACAACUACUGCCAGAGGAUGAUGUCUGCAAGCAAACUGCUUAUAUCCUUUUCUAUCAGCGCAGGGCAGCCGUCCCAUCCUGGUCAGCAAACAGCUCUGUGGCAGGUUCCACAAGCUCAUCAUUGUGUGAUCACUGGAUUUCUAGGCUUCCAGGGAGCCGGCAGCCCAGCAUUGCUUCUGCUGCUUCAUCACGACGUACAUCACUUGCAUCGUUGGCAGAAUCUGUGGAGCUUACUGGAGAGAGGAGUGAGGAUGACGGUGGCUUCUCUUCACGUCCAUUUGUGCGCAGUGUCCAGCGGCAGAGUACAUCUGGGCGAUCAUCUGUGACCAGCCCCCUUGUUGCAAAUGAAAAUGGUUUUCGCCCUUCGUGGUCCUUAGCAGCAAAACUUCACUUGAGGUCGGCAACCUCCUGCCGUCAUCCGUCUGACUCUCCUACCCAUGGGUCUUCUCUCAGCAAGAUUGGAGAGGCAGAUGACCAUGUUUCAACCUCCUGCUUUGGGAGUCUUAGGAAUCUUUCUGGCUUUCAUGAUUACAAUGAAAGUGUAAGAAAGGAAAAUAGAACAGUAGGACGAGCACCACUUGCUAUUGCUGAGGGUAACACUCAUGGAGAGCCGGCAGCCAAAAAAGCUGUACCGUCUGAGACAUUUGGAAAGGGUGCAGCAGAUCUUGUGGGCAGGAACCCACUGCUGGAUCCCAUAGAUAACAAUAACCACAUAGCCUAUGUAGAUCAAAGUGACUCUGUUAAUUCCUCCCCAGUGAAGGAAAACAGUCCUCAGAGUGAGGAAAUAAUGUUGAAAACAAAUGUUACCAGUAAGGCAAUAGUGGAGCAGGAGAAAACUCCUCGUGCAAAAGUUAAGGAUCCUUCUCCUUCUGCCACAUCUAGCAUUAAUGGAAGGCAUGUAACUAAGACCAAAAAGAGUGACGUUACAACCCCUGUACGCCGUGCCUCCACCCAGCACAAAAAAGAGACUGGAAGAGUACAGGAUACUCCCACCUCAGCCUCUCAGCUGAAGCAGAAAUCGGCAAGCCCUGCGAUUAGCAGCAACUCAUCUCCAGCACCUAAAAAGCUGCCUCAAUCAUCUAAAGCCAGUAAUGUGUCUACUUCAUCUAUUAAGCCUCGGCCUACCGAGAAAACUCUCAGUAGGGAAGGUUCUAAGGUAAGUCUGGGCUCAGAUAAAGCCUCCACUUCAAAAAGUGGUAGUAGUAGUGUUCGAGUACCUCAAUCUAAGACAAGUGAGUUGUCAACAGAGAAUCGGACAGUACGAAGUUCUUCUAUGGCCAGUCUUCGCACACCCCAUAGUGGAACUAGGUCUAAUUUAAAGCGAGAUAGCAAGUCUGAGGACAAAGGACUAAGUUUCUUCAAGUCUGCCCUUAGGCAGAAGGAGAGCAGAAGAUCAGCAGAUUUGGGAAAGACCACCCUAUUGUCCAAAAAAACCCCAGGGACAAAGAGCUCAGCCCAGGAGAAGUCAGAGGUAACUUCCUCCUCCUCUGCCACAGAAGCUGCUCCUAAUCUAAAAAAACAUUCUGCCUUACCUGCUCACAAAGCAAAGUCUUCCUCAGACGAAAAACAAGCUCAGCCAUCUCCCACAGGGAAAAAGACUUCAGAUAAAUACCUGAAGAGGUUCCCUUCCACAGCAAAGCCAUCUAAAGCUCAGUGACCAAGGGUGCAGGGUCAGCUGCAUAUGCAUCCUGGAUAGAAAGGUGGAUGCAAGAGAGCUGUCUCUGCUUUAUGUGAAAUGUUGGAAUUGUGCUCAUACAGAUUUCACUGUUUUUAUAUCUUUUGAGAUGGGGGUGGUUGUCAUUUAUCUAAUCUGCCUUUGCUUGCUGCAUGAAAGGUGGCUCCUAAUUGCAUUUGGAAACAAUUGAUCUGCUGGUUGCAUCAUGCUCAGAAGGCCCCAUCAGCAGAAAUUAACUGUUAUUAAGUCAGUCCUGCUGGACUUUGCUGUGUAUUCUGUGUCUCAGGGGAGAACGGGAAGAAUGAUUUCCCUUCUUCCCACAAUAUGCUGCUUUUACCUCUGCUACCUACCUUACCAAAGUCCACCUGUGAAUCUAGAGCUGAAAAGAAUAGGUUGGAGGUCAGGUUGCUUCCUUUUUUGGCAAGUGAAAGAAAUUCCAUCGCUUCCAUAUGUCCAUUGCUAGGAACAGCUUUGUUAUGUCUUGAGAAGCUGAAGCCUUGCAGGAACAUUUCAUCACAUUUACAUUGAUUUCUUAUGCCAUAGCAUAAAGCUGUACUCCCGUUACAUCCUCUCUGGGACUAUAAUAUUAAAGCAGCGGAGGAAAUGUCUAAGCUGUAUGCAUAACAUUAGGAUUGUUUUGGUGUGAACAGUAUUGGCUUUUGUCUUCAUAAUCAUAGCUGUGUAAUCUUAGUCUAUUUGUAGAUUGGGUGUUUCCAUUCUAGAGAACACUUUAGUCAACCUCUCUAGCUCACUCUAGAAUGGCCAUAUCGCGUUUCAAGCCCCCUAACUCUCAAUAACACUAAUAGUAUCCUUUGUGACGGCAGCUUCUGUUGUAUUUCCAACAACUCCCUUCAUUUUUCAUCUCUAAGAAGCCACUAUCAUUGCAUUACUUCUCAUGACAUAUCAUACAUUUUAGAGAUGGACCUUGGACGUCUAUAUAAUAUCAUUACAUCUGAAUAUUAUCUAGUUCUCUGCUCUUGCUAAUUCAAGGUGUUUAUCUUUUUCCAAACUCUGAUGAAAUUUUUCCCUUCUAUCGUUCCACUUACAAUUUUGUGUGAUUUA